CACAGACACAGAGACACGGUCAUGCAGAGGGAGAAAGCAAAGGGGAGGGAGACGGAGAGGUAGAGCGCCACACACAACGAGGGAACCCCAUCAGCUGGAAGCCCAGUAACAUUACAACUCCUAAAAAAGAACUACAAUAAACGGACGAGGGAUCCGGAUUUACUUUCAAGAUCACGGGAUUUUUAUCAGCUGUUCCCUUUCAUCUAAGGAGACUGCCUUUUUUUUUUUUUUUUUUUUUUUUUUUUUUUUUUUUUGAGAAGGGGGGCAAACUGGCGAGAAGCAAGCAUGGAGUAUUUCAUGGUUUCAGCUCAGAAGGUGCCCCCGCUGCAACAUUUCAGGAAAACGGAGAAAGAAGUGAUUGGUGGUCUUUGUAGUCUGGCCAACAUUCCUCUGACCCCAGAAACAGCCCGGGAUCAAGAGAGGCGAAUUCGCAGAGAGAUCGCCAACAGCAAUGAGCGUCGGCGUAUGCAGAGCAUCAACGCUGGAUUUCAGUCACUGAAAACACUCAUCCCACACAGUGAUGGGGAGAAGCUGAGCAAGGCAGCAAUCCUGCAACAAACAGCUGAGUACAUCUUCACUUUGGAGCAGGAGAAGACGCGGCUAUUGCAGCAGAACAGUCAGCUCAAACGAAUCAUUCAGGAGCUAAGCGGUUCUUCCCAAGAGGAGAAAGACGAAGGCAUCGGCUCACCAGACAUUCUGGAGGAGGAAAAGACUGAAGACCUGAGGAGGGAGAUGAUUGAGCUGAGGCAGCAGCUGGAAAAGGAGCGUACAGUCAGAAUGAUGCUGGAGGAUCAGAUGCGCUCCAUGGAUGCUCAGAUGUACCCAGAGAAGCUGAAGGCCAUCACCCAGCUGGUCCAGGAGCAGCAAGUCCAGACGCCAGGUCUUGUUCGUCUGCCAAAGCAGCUAGAGAGAGACAUCACUCCAGCACACAGCCCUCAGGUGUUGGCUCCUGCUACCCCUCCUGCACCCACACACCAUGCCACAGUCAUCGUUCCUGCACCAGCACAGACUCCUCAACCCCACCAUGUUACCGUGGUAACCAUGGGCCCAUCAUCGGUUAUUAAUUCGGUGUCCACAUCCCGACAGAACCUGGACACCAUUGUUCAAGCAAUCCAACACAUUGAGGGCACCCAGGGGAAGGGUUUGGAGGAGGAGCAGAGGAGAGCGGUUAUUGUCACCUCAGGGCGCGUCCUCUCCGACGUGGCUGGCUCAGACACGGCCUCGAACAGCGACGGCCCUGACGACUGUUCGCUGCCAUGAGCUGGUGUACCGUAUACAGCUUCAUAAACGCACACACUCACACAGAAAGGGCCCGGAAGCUAACCAGGGAUGAGGGAGACUACAAGCCCACAGCACUCUUGUUCUGUGGACAAAAAUCAGCCCUGUAGUCGGACUAAAGCACUCAUUCUGACUUAUUUUUCCGUCUUUUCCUUCUCUUCUGCAGUUUUUACUAUAAUAGGCACCUGAAACCACACACAUACCCAUUGAUUCUCAUUUUUCGCUUACUUCCAGCCUCUGCUCUUUUACUCACUUACAAAAACUUUUUUUUUUCCUCCACGAAUCUAUGGAAAUAUUAUUAAAACUACGACUGAUUUUUAUAGACUCUGUCAAACUGGAAACUGGAGUUUCAAACGCCCAAUAAUCAUCUCCAGUAGCCGUCGGACUGUCCUCCUGGUGCUGGAAGCCGUUUGACUGUUCAGAGCAGCGGGAAGGAGGCACACUGGUGUGACGCCAGCACCCUUCAUCUAAGCGUGAUUAUUAUGAAGAUGGAUGCCCUUUCAAACAGCUUGGCUAGAGAACCGACGAGCUGUUUGCAAAGACACUGUGAGCUUGCAAGACUGUCCUAAAAGUUCCUCGCUGUUUUUAUUGCUCUUAAGUCAAAACAUUCAUGUUUUUCUCUUCAAGUCUCUACUAAAAGUUAAAUAUAUAUAUCGAAAAGCUGUUUUAAAGGCUGACUGGUGCUCAUAUGAUAAGAGAGUGCACUUACUGGUUCACACUUCCAGUUUUGUUAAUUUUUUAUUUCUUUUGCUGGGCUGGGAUCCCAGUAAUCCCACAUCAUUUUUCCUCUUCUACCUUUCACUUUAAGCAUCCUCCCCUUUUGAGUAUGAAAGCACCUGACCUGGUUAUUUAAGCUAAUCCAUGUUGAGUUCUUUUUAGGAGUUUGUGUCUGAGAGUUUUAAGGCAGCAAGGCUUAGUGGUGACCUGGACUCUGGCAGUCGGAAGCUUCAACACUUUAGCCUUGAGAUGUCUGACUUGUUGAUACAAAAAGGAUGAAAACAAUCAUUUUAUUUGCUCGAUCCUAAGAGCACGUGUCAUUUUAGGGUAAAUGUCAAAGGAGAGUGUGAUGAAAUUUGGGGAAAAUGCAGAGAGAGUUUGUUAUAGUGUCGUUCACUGGGGGAGACUGGAUUUACUACAUGUAUUCUAUGCAUUUCCUAAUAUCCGUACGUAGUUGUUCUGCAUUUUUUCCUAUUUCCCUGAUAAUGUAAUAAUGACUGAACUGUAGCCAAGAGAGGGGCUGCAGCUUGCCUUAUUAUGAGACCUUAUUGUUGGCUGCAGGGAGGCCAUCUUUUCCACACAGCUCCAGAGAAAAAUCCGGACACUUCGUUUGGUGGCAACUGGUCACCUCUGCAAUCCGGCUCCUAAGCACCAGCUAUGUCAUUACACAUAUUCCCAGUUAUUUGGGUUUCUUUAAAUAUGUUUUCCCUACAAUUAUGUAUGUCGACAUGUUUGGAUAUACAGUUCCUUGCUAAAGUUCUCUUAACCUUAAGGGUGGCAGACUUUAAUGAGCUAGACCAACACAAAGUAGUGGAUAGAUGUGAAGCAGAAAGGAAAAAAAAUCUUUUUCACCUGUGUUUUGCACCAUUUAAUUUACUCUCAUUAAGAUUCUGCUGCAGGAAGAA